AUGCCUGCUGCCGAUAAGAAACCCAGGACCUUGUACGACAAGGUCUUGGAUGCGCACAUUGUUAAUGAGCAAGAAGAUGGCACUCUCUUGCUGUAUAUCGAUAGACAUCUUGUCCACGAAGUGACUUCACCACAAGCCUUUGAGGGCCUCAAGAAUGCUGGUCGGAAAGUCCGCCGGCCUGACUGCACUCUUGUCACAGUUGAUCACAACAUCCCGACAUCUACUCGCAAGAACUUCAAGAAUGUCGAAGAAUUCAUCGAAGAGACCGACUCCCGUUUGCAAUGUACCACACUGGAAGAGAACGUAAAGGACUUCGGGCUCACAUAUUUCGGCAUGGGAGAUAAGCGUCAGGGUAUUGUUCAUAUCAUUGGUCCAGAGCAGGGUUUCACUCUUCCUGGAACGACGGUCGUUUGUGGUGACAGCCAUACCUCGACACACGGUGCCUUUGGUUCCCUCGCUUUCGGUAUCGGUACAAGUGAAGUCGAACACGUCCUCGCCACCCAGACCCUUAUCUCUCGCAGAAGCAAGAACAUGCGUAUCCAAGUCGAUGGGGAGCUCCCCGCAGGUGUCACCAGUAAGGAUGUUGUCCUCCACAUCAUUGGUGUUAUCGGAACUGCUGGAGGUACUGGUGCCGUUAUCGAAUUCUGCGGCUCUGUUAUUCGCGGCUUGAGCAUGGAGGCUCGUAUGUCGAUGUGCAACAUGUCUAUUGAGGCUGGUGCUCGUGCUGGCAUGAUCGCACCCGACCAGAUCACGUUCGACUACCUCAAGGGUCGUCCUCUCGCCCCGAAGUACGACAGUGCUGAGUGGAAGAAGGCUGUCAACUACUGGUCCAGUCUGGCUUCUGAUGAAGACGCCGUCUACGACAAGACAAUCGUGCUUGAUGGCAAGGACAUCAUCCCAACCGUCUCUUGGGGUACUUCUCCUCAGGAUGUUGUUCCUAUCAAUGGUGUUGUUCCAGGGCCGGAUGAUUUUGAGGAUGAGAACCGCAAACUUGCCUGCAAGCGCGCACUUGAGUACAUGGGUCUCGUGGCUGGUACUCCUAUGAAGGAGGUCCAGAUUGACAAGGUCUUCAUCGGCUCUUGCACGAACGCUCGUAUUGAAGAUCUGCGGGCAGCUGCCAAGGUUGUUAGGGGUAAGAAGAUCGCCCCUAAUGUCAAGCGCGCGAUGGUCGUCCCUGGUUCUGGUCUCGUGAAGGAACAGGCUGAAGCCGAAGGUCUCGACAAGAUCUUCACUGAUGCUGGCUUUGAGUGGAGAGAAGCUGGUUGCUCCAUGUGCCUGGGUAUGAACCCCGAUAUUCUCUCGCCCAAGGAGCGCUGUGCUAGUACUUCGAACCGUAAUUUCGAAGGUCGCCAGGGUGCUCAGGGUCGUACCCACCUGAUGUCCCCUGCCAUGGCUGCGGCAGCUGGUAUCGUCGGAAAGCUUGCGGAUGUUCGUGAGCAUGUUGUCACUAGCCCCGUUCUGGGUAAGGUGCAACCCAGGGUUGAUGUCCAGCCAGAGGCGGAAGAUGUCGACACUGAGGAAGAACUCGACCGCAUCUUGGACCAGCCCGCAGACAACGAACCCCACACCAACACCUCUGGCGGCUCGAGCGCUGGCUUGCCCAAGUUCACCACCCUUAAGGGCAUUGCCGCCCCCAUGAACCGCUCCAACGUCGACACUGACGCCAUCAUUCCCAAGCAGUUCCUGAAGACCAUCAAGCGUACUGGUCUCGGCAGCGCGCUCUUCUACGAACUGCGCUACAAGGAUGGCCAGGAAGACCCCGAAUUCAUCCUGAACCAGGGUGUCUACCGCAACUCCAAGAUCCUGGUUGUCACCGGCCCCAACUUCGGCUGCGGUAGCUCUCGUGAACACGCACCCUGGGCCCUCCUCGACUUCGGCAUCAAGUGUGUCAUCGCUCCCUCCUUCGCUGACAUCUUCUUCAACAACACCUUCAAGAACGGCAUGCUCCCCAUCCCGAUCUCCGACGAAGCUGCUCUGCAGAAGAUCGCCGCGGAGGCCAGCGCAGGUCGCGAGAUCGAAAUCGACCUUGUCAACCAGGAAAUCAAGGAUGCCCAGGGCAACAAGCUUUCCGGAUUCGAUGUUGACGCUUUCCGCAAGCACUGCCUGGUCAAUGGCCUGGACGACAUCGGCCUCACUCUGCAGAUGGAAGACAAGAUCCGCGCAUUCGAGACCAAGCGCACUCUCGAAACCCCCUGGCUCGAUGGAAGUGGGUACCUGAAGCGUGGCAACCGUGGCGCUACCAUGGUUCAGGCUGCCCCUGUCCCUAAGACUAACCGGGGAGAUGUCAAGACCGAACCUUUGGAAUGGUAA